AUGAGACGUCUCCUCAGUCUCCUCUUCCUCUUACUAGCGCCGUUGCUGGCGCUCGCCGCCGGCGACACCUACCUCCUCGGUGUCGGCCGCGGCGACAUUACGGGCACAGCCGUCGAGAAGGGCACGGGUCUCAAGCAGCGCCUGUACUCGCGCGUGUUCAUCAUGGGUUCGACGACGAACCCCGACGAUCGGCUGGUGUACGUCAUCCUUGACACGGGAAUGGGCGACACGGCCGUCAGACGCGGUAUCGUCGAGGCGCUGUCUGGCGAUGGCGAGCUCAAGAUGUACAAGGAGAAGCAUGUCGCUAUCAUUGGCACGCACUCGCACUCGGGUCCCGGCGGGUACAGCAACUACCUGCUGCACCAGGCUAGUGUGCUCGGUUUCCACCGCGAGAACUACCAGGCCAUUGUUGACGGAACGAUGAAGGCAAUCCGGGACGCCCACCAGUCGCUGUCUGAGGGCACGCUGACCCUCGGCACGGCGCACGUCAAGGACGCCAACAUUAAUCGUUCGCUGUGGGCGUACCUCCAGAACCCGAAGGAGGAGCGGGACAAGUACGCCGACCAGGGCGACUCGACAGACACGCUCAUGACGCUCCUGCGCCUGACCAAGAAGGACGGAACACACAUCGGCGCCCUGAACUGGUAUGCUACGCACGGUACCAGUGCACACAACAACAACACGCUCGUGACGGGAGACAACAAGGGUGUGGCUGCCUGGCUCAUGGAGCAGGAACGUGGCAACAACUUUGUUGCAGGCUUCUCGCAGGCCAACGUCGGCGAUGUGUCGCCCAACACCCUCGGACAGUGGUGCGAGGACGGCUCGAACCAGCAGUGCAACCUCGAGAAGGGCACGUGCGCCGAUGGAACUGUCGUCAAGUGCCAAGCCCGCGGACCCGUGUUUACAGCGAAAGACAACGGUCUCUCCUCCUGCUACGAGAUUGGCAGGAGGCAGUACGCGACAGCGGCCGAGAUCAUGAACUCGCUCGACUCGAACGGCACUCCCAUCUCCGGUCCCGUCCGCUCAUUCCACCUCAUGCAGGACAUGCGGUACUUCUCCUUCCCUCACCCGAACUCGGGUGCCAUCGUCGAGACCUGCCCCUCAGCCCUCGGCUUUUCAUUUGGCGCUGGAACCGCCGACGGCCCGGGAAUCAGUGACUUCCAGCAGUCUGCCACGAACGGCAAGCCGCGCAACCCGUUCUGGUCCCUCGUUUCUCUGAUCCUUAAGACGCCAUCAGAGAGACAGAAGAAGUGCCAGGGCGCCAAGCCUAUCCUGGUCGACAUUGGCGAGAUGGACUUCCCCUACGCCUGGGGCCCGAACCUUGUCGACGUGCAGCUCAUGCGUAUCGGCCAGCUCAUCAUGAUCAUUGCUCCCGCCGAGGCGACGACCAUGGCCGGACGCAGAUGGCGUAACGCUAUCGCGGAGGCCGCUGGACCGGUGCUCGGUGUCCAGCCUGUGGUCGUCCUGGCCGGCCCGAGUAACGGCUACACGUCUUACGUCGUGACGGAAGAGGAGUACAGUGUGCAGCGGUACGAGGGCGCCUCCACCCUCUUUGGCCCGCACACGCUCAACGCCCACAUCAACCUGACCGUCUCGCGCGUGGGAUACCUGCGCGAGGGCUCCUCCGACCCCGACCCGGGACCCGCACCCCCCGACACGCGCGCGCACGCCAUGACUCUGCUCACAAAGGUGGUGUACGACAACCCGCCGAUCGGCAAGAAGUUUGGUCAAGUGCUCUCCCAGCCUCCGGCUACCGUGUCGAUGGGCUCGCUCGUCGAGGCGCGGUUCCAGGGUGCCAACCCGCGCAACAACUUCCGCCUCGAGGGCACUUACGCGGCGGUCGAGAAGAAGAAUGGAGACGCCUGGCAGCAGGUCCGCAGCGAUCGCGACUGGCACCUGCAGUACGCAUGGAAGCGCACCAACGGCCUGACGGGAUACUCCGAGGUCACGAUCAGCUGGCAGACGGGUAACGACGACCAUACCGAGCCGGGCACGUACAGGCUCAAGUACUACGGCGACAGCAAGGCGCCGGUGACGGGUAAGAUUAGUGCGUUUGAGGGCACUAGCAAUGAGUUUGUUGUUCAGUAG